UGUUUUUAUUUUGAGUGGAUUCUUAUAUAUGUGUAAGAGCUCUUAAUGAGCCAAUAGGUUUCUAAAAUUUCUUCCUAUAAUACUAUUUGGAUGUGUGUGUGUAUAUAUAUAUAUAUAUAUAAAUUUAUAUUACUUGAAUCCUUAAAGGAAGAAACUACCAAAUGCUCAUAGCUGAUCUGUGUAUUUAUUAGCUAGUCUUCAUUUGCCUGUAUUUACUCAAACUCUGCAGACCAGAUCAUGAGUUUGUUGAUUUUAAUUAUGAAAUAUUUUAUUUUAGCAUUUGUAAUUUAUUCUGAUGAAAAACGAAGCACCCAUCUGUCAUCUUAAACAUUUUUUUUCUUACUUUGAAAGAAACCCCAUUCCUGAUACUUGGGAACAAAUAUGGAAAGUUGCACUGUUGGAUACUUAAAUGUUGCGAACUGUACAGUGUGGUUCCCUAGCACAGUGCAUCCUUGUCUGCAGCUAAUUCUGUUGAAAUGGGUGCUGAAUAAGUAAAUGUAUUAUAUACAAAAAGCCUGCCUUUGUUUACACUCAGACAUCUUCACUUGUGUGAUCCAUGAACUCUGAGUUGUUUUUCUCCCAAAGUUUUCUUUAGUAGAAUUUUUAUUAAAUUGAACAUGAAUUGAAAUUAACUAGCCUUUGUUUUCCCCUUUUAUUUUAACCAUGUAUAUUUUAAAAUAUUGCUAAAUAAGAAUUUCAACUAAUUUUGACAUUUUAAAACAUUUUUCUGACAAACUAGACAUCUCGAUUCACAGCAUAUGCUAUUUAUAACAAGAGAUUAGUAAAUCAUGACAUUGCAUUCUUUAAAUUUUGGACUUCAAUUAAAUCAGUAUUUUAAAGAGACAAUUGUGUUGUUUUUUUCUAUUGCCACUUUAAGUAUCUUAUCUGAAAAUCUGUUCCUUGCCAUGUUUUUCUUCUGUAACAUAAACUGUGCCCUGUGAAUUUCUGGGGACUGAAUUUGAAAUUGCUCCUGCCAACUGUUCGUGGCCUGGUGCUUAUCUGAAUGCCUGAAUAUCUCCCCGCUGAAUGAAUUGCGUAUUCUGCCCUGAAUUCACUCUGAUAUAUUGAUUGGCUGGACGAUCUUGGUGCUGCCCACUUGCCGUUCCAGAAGAGCCACCGAAGGAAAAGAUCCAGGAGUAUAGAGGAUGAUGAGGAGGGUCACCUGAUCUGUCAAAGUGGAGACGUUCUAAGAGCAAGAUGUAUAGAAUAUUUUUCAACACUUUUUAAACUUUGCAGACAGAAUAAUCUUUUAAAGAAUAGUUUGUCAGCGGGGGGCUAAAGAACUCUUCAUUGCUUUUUUUGUUUUGUUUUUUGUGGGUUUGUUUGUUUUUUUGUAUUUCUUCUUUUCUGUAGAAUUUAAAUAUUUCUACCUAAAGUUCCAAAAUAAUCAAUGGAAUUUGAGAUUAGAGCAAGAAAUUUAGCUCUAAUUGUUUUUGUAGCAGCUGAAAAUAAUUUGAGUGCUGAAACUUUAAUUAUGCUUUGCUAGAGAUCAUUUGAAAAUAUUCCACACUUAAGCAUUCAUUGUUUGACUAACUGAUAAUUUACAUUCGGACACUUACACCUCUUUUCCCCCUUCUCACUUCAGAUGAAAUCGUGGACACUUUGGGUGAAGGGGCCUUUGGCAAAGUUGUAGAGUGCAUUGAUCAUGGCAUGCCAUCAGCAGAGCUUUGGAUCAGAAGAGGAGCAACUGGGACCCGAACCAGCACCCUAUGGGAUGCCGGCACUGCAGGCAGAGGCUUAGCCUACUACACCACAACACUGGGCCCAAAAUUCUGCUCCAGGACUUAAAUUCUGUGGCUUGCAAACUUUUUUUGGAUGGCAUACAUGUAGCAGUGAAAAUUGUAAAAAAUGUAGGUCGUUACCGUGAAGCAGCUCGUUCAGAAAUCCAAGUACUGGAGCAUUUAAAUAGUACUGAUCCCAAUAGCGUCUUCCGAUGUGUCCAGAUGCUAGAAUGGUUUGAUCAUCAUGGUCAUGUUUGUAUCGUGUUUGAACUGCUUGGCCUCAGUACCUAUGAUUUCAUUAAAGAAAAUAGCUUUCUGCCAUUUCAAAUUGACCACAUCAGGCAGAUGGCCUAUCAGAUCUGCCAGUCAAUCAACUUUUUGCAUCAUAAUAAAUUAACUCAUACAGAUUUGAAGCCUGAAAAUAUCUUAUUUGUGAAGUCUGACUAUGUAGUCAAAUAUAAUUCUAAAAUGAAACGCGAUGAACGCACACUGAAAAACACAGAUAUCAAAGUUGUUGACUUUGGUAGUGCAACAUAUGAUGAUGAGCAUCACAGUACUUUGGUAUCCACACGGCACUACAGAGCUCCAGAGGUCAUUUUGGCUUUAGGUUGGUCUCAGCCUUGCGAUGUGUGGAGCAUAGGUUGCAUUCUUAUUGAAUAUUACCUUGGGUUCACAGUCUUUCAGACUCAUGAUAGUAAAGAGCACCUGGCAAUGAUGGAACGAAUAUUAGGACCCAUACCAACACACAUGAUUCAGAAAACAAGAAAACGCAAGUAUUUUCACCAUAACCAGCUAGAUUGGGAUGAACACAGUUCUGCUGGUAGAUAUGUUAGGAGACGCUGCAAACCAUUAAAGGAAUUUAUGCUUUGUCAUGAUGAAGAACAUGAGAAACUAUUUGACCUGGUUCGAAGAAUGUUAGAAUAUGAUCCAGCCAAAAGAAUUACCUUGGAUGAAGCAUUGCAGCAUCCUUUCUUUGACUUAUUAAAAAAGAAAUGAAAUGAAAA